GGACAGCUCAUUGAUGGACAGGGUCACGAGAACUUUCCUUGCCGCAAUUCAUGAAGCCCCUAAAGACUCAUUGCAGGCCCUCCUCGACACUGGCCUAGUCGACAUUCAGUCGGAGAACGACAUCAACGAACGGAACUGUCUCCACCAGGCUGCUAUCUAUGGCAAGCCGGAUAUUCUCGCCGACGGCCUGUCAAAGGGUGUCUCUGUCGACCGUACAGACGUCCGAUUCGAAAACGAUCGACCUUAUCGACCACGAUAACUUCACACCGUUGAUCCAUGCCAUCAUGCAUGGGCACUUGGCCUGCGUCGAGAGGUUGCUCAAGAAAUCGGCGCGCAUCGACCGCGCGUCAGAGGCGGACCGUGUGCCUCUGAAUAUUGCCUGCGGACAUGGCUCCCUGGAAAUAGCAGAGCUGUUGCUGAAACAUGGUGCGCAGAUCGUUCCAGAUGCCGAAGGGCUCUACCCUCAGCAUCUGGUCGCUCGGUCAGGCCAGACGCCUCGACUUCUUUUGUUACUCAAGGAACACGGUGCCGACCUUGACCAAGUCGAUAAGCUGUAUGGCUGGACGCCGCUCGUGCAUGCUGCCAGCGAGGGGAAUGUCCCGUGUCUCCAGGCGCUUCUGGACAUUGGAGCGGAUCCUAAGAUUCUGGACGAAAAGGGUCUUCCGGCCAUGUACUACGCCGCUUGGGAGGGCCACUUACAGUGUAUGAAGUUGCUGGCGCCCUUCAAUCGGGAGGCCGCGCGUGGCAGUCCUCUAGUGUCGCAGGCGAUCAACCCCUUGGCCCCGCCUAGCAUCCUCACAAGCUCUAUGCCGGAGCCCAUGGCGUUAGAUGCGGAUGCCAUCCCAGAGCUUGAGCUUCCGCCUCCGAUCAUUCCACUCCGACGAUAUGGACACAAUUUCCUUGACACGAAGACGGUUGUCCAAAUCAACUUUGGAGAUAACGGAGAGCAGCCACUCGUGUUCUUCCACGACAGCAAGUAUCCUGCGUCUCGGCUUACCAUCUCUUCCAAGGCCUCGGAACUUAUCCCUAGGAAUAUCAUUCUGCCCUUCCAAGAAGAUACCCGGCUUGUUUCCUUCCAGAUCGACAGCAUAGAUUCGUUUACGCUCGACUUUGACGUGUAUCCCACUUACGGCGCCAAGAUCAUCGCGAAGACGGUGGCACUCCCUAGCACCUUCAAGGCGCUCUUGACCAGCACGGGGAAGUAUUGCCUGCCGCUAUUUGACCCUCGGCUACGCGCUAUUGGCCAGAUCAGUUUCCAGGUUCAAGUCAUCAAGCCAUUCACCGGCACGCCGCUGGAAAUUACGGAUUUCGAGACAUACUGGAAGGCGACGAGCCAGUUGGAUCGUAGCCCUAGUACGUUCGUCACGGGAUCCAGUUUAUCCGGCGACUUUGUACGGUUGUUCGUCCAACACACAAGUGAUGGCGUUCCAGUUUUGUGGCCGAGAUGGACGAUCUCGUGUGGCGGAAUCGACCUGCCCCUUUCACGGCUGACGUCGGAGCAGUUCACCACAAUCACUGCCUGGAGUCCCGCUCGAGCCGAACUGGAGACCCUACGUACUAAACCGCUGGAUGCCAUCGGUGAUGUUCAUCGUGUGUUGGCCACUGCCGGAGUUCCCCUGGACCGGGCGCUCGCGCUCCUCCCGCACGGCAUGCACGUCAACCUUCAAAUCUUAUACCCGACGGCGGAAGAUGAGAAGACGUACGGUCUCGGCCCGGCUCUCGAUAUGAACACCUUUGCUGAUGCCAUCCUAACCAUCGUUUUCGACCACGCGCGUGCUCAACGCGCAGAGUCUCUCGAGUCGGUCCGCUCCGUCGUCUUCAGCUCCUACAACAUGAGUCUUUGCACUGCGCUCAACUGGAAACAGCCCAAUUUCCCCGUUUUCCUCUGUAACGACUUGGGCCGUGAGGAGGUUAUGCCUGCGCCAGAUAUCAUCCAGAGCCACGGCAGGCACUCGACGUCGAUCAAGGAGGCGGUGAGAGUAGCCCAGGGAAAUAACUUUAUGGGCCUGAUGUGCUAUUCACGACUGCUGGACAUGGUACCGGCGCUAGUCGAUUCGAUCAAGUCCCAUGGUCUAGCACUUGUAACAGAUAGGACAGGCGAACCGGCCAAGACGACGACGGACCAGCUGUCUGAUCCAUUCCCUCGACUGCCCAAGGGGGUGGACGGUCUUCUAAAGAGCCAAGGGGUCCUGCGCUUCGACGAGUCCUUUGACAUGUAGCAAUGAAUCUGACGAAGCUAUCCGUUUACACUAGACUGCUGUUUUCAAAGUGGAUUAUUUUUAUUUUUAUUUUUUAUUUUUUGCCUUGUACUAUGCAGAACAGAUAGAUGGGCAAAGUCAUUGCAAAAAAGGGGAUGCGGAUUAUGGCAAGGCAAUAGAU